CAGUUUAGUGCGAGCAAACUUGUAGCUGCGGUUGGGUGGGAGAAAGACGCUUCACCGAGCAGCUUCAACCCGAAAAAACAAUAUCAGUUUUUAAUCUUCUGAGAGAUCUCCUAGCCAGAGUUUCUCACGGGGAACCUUAGCCCGCUCGCUCUCUUUCUGUUUGUGUUGGUUUAGUUCUAGUUCGUCCCCGUCCCCCUCCUCCUCACUACUCCUGUGCUGAGCUACAAAAGGAGGUUGGCUCGACCUCUUUGUUAGGACUACAUACAUGUCUGUAUUUUUCUCCAUUCGUUGCCCUGAUUAUUUGAGAUCAGCUGACAUGACUGAGGUGAUGAGCGCUCCAACUAUGGAUGAGAUUGGUUUAAGCCCCCGCAAAGAUGGCCUAUCCUAUCAGAUUUUCCCUGACCCUUCAGAUUUUGAUCGUUAUUGUAAGCUGAAGGACCGCCUCCCUUCCAUUGUGGUGGAGCCAACAGAAGGAGAUGUGGAGAGUGGAGAAUUAAGAUGGCCACCUGAGGAGUUCCUGGUUCAGGAAGAAGAGGAACAGAACUGUGAUGAAGCAAAGAAAGAGAGCAAGGAACAAUAAAAACACCGAAGAUCUUCUGUUCUACUCAAGAUGUUAGGCCAUCUUGAGGGAGAGAGAACAGCUUUCUGAAGUGUCUUUUCUACAAAAGACAUUCAAUUUUGCACCUGCAAGAUCUUAGUUUUUUUCAUAUUCUCUAUUGAGAACUGAAGCGCUUGACGUGACAAUCUCCAGCUAAAACUAAGAAAGUUUGGGCAGGCAAAGGAAGCCAAAAUGAUUGCCCUUCUCAAGAUCAUUGUUGAAUUCUGUGGUGGUUGCCUGGGGCAGCCAGGAAAUUAGAGGGCGCUUUGGUGGAGGAAUAGGCCAGCAGGAAACAUGCUUCUUCUGAAGUGUGUGGUAUUAGAAGAAAUAGCUGCAAGUAUAAAUGCAGCUGAGUUCUGUAAGGGACUGCCGCUGGCUACAAAUGCAUGAGAAUAGUGUUCAUCUCUCAAAACCUUGCCUUCUCAUAGUGUUUUUUCUGGUUUUAUGUGUGCAUGUGUUUAGAGGCUGGAAGACAAGCCAAUGAAAUGCUCCUAUGACCCAUUAGGCAGUCUUCCUGCAGAACUCCAGAGAGGAGCCAUGGGUCAAUGACUAGGUUGGCCUUCUGCAGCCUAGUGUCCUCUUAAAGUCACACCAUCUUUGUUAGGCUGCAGGCUCCAGCAUUGGCUUGCUCACCUGUUGCACAUAAACUAUAUUUUUUUAAUGUCUUUUCCUUUCUUGGCACCUCUUUAGGCAUGCAUUUUAACAUCGCAGUGAAUAGCUUUGUAUGGCCAUUGUGCUGUUGACUGUAGAAAUGGCCUUUACUACUUGUUCUGCAGUUAUCUUGUUUAGGCUGUAAACAGUCACAUUUUGUUUUGUUUGGGAGGUGGGAUUGUGGAAGAAAUGCUUCUUCAGAAAAAACUUCAGGAGAUUUUGACAUGGAAAACAAAAAGUAUAUUUUCUUUCCUGCUACUGAAGCUGCUGUUUAACUUUCUCCGUCAGCAAUGCUGCUGUGAAAUACGGCUUUUUCAUCAGGACUGAUUUAUAAAUUUAGUCAUGUGUUAAUGCUGGAUCAAGAGCUCAUGAUAAUAGUACAGGGCCAACCAAGGCUGUUAACUAGGAAGACCUUAAGAUAAUUGGUAUCCCCUUUAAAAGCAGGAGGGUGAAAGCAGGGCUUAUCUUCAAAAACAAAAGGUAUUACAGUAUCUCAGUAUUGUGAAGAAGAUAACACUUUUUUUGAACCAAGGAUUUUUUUUUAUUGACUUAUCUUGUUCACAGGUUCUAAAUUCCCCAUUAUAAUCUCUUUCCUCAUGCCCCAUAUCUCUCCUCCGAGAAGGCAAACAAAUAGUUGGAUAAGUUAAAUUGGCAGCCUCAUUAAAAAGAAAAAAUAGUAUCUUGCUUCUUGGCAGGAAGUUCUGCAAAGUUGAAAUUUCAAGUACGACUUUCAGAUACUAAAAGCCAAUGAUUCCAUAUUAAUUUUGCAGAAACUAAAACUUCGUAAUGUAUAAACAUUAUAGCCUUAACAAGAUAGUCAAAA